AUGGUUGCUUGCCCCAUUUGCGAAAAGCAAGUGAAAGCUAAAGACAUUAAUAGUCACAUUGAUUCGGGAUGUGAAGACUUCAUUGACACAGUCUCUCCUCCACCUACUCAGCAGAAUGCAUUUGUUUCGCAGAAACCAGCUUCCACGCAGAAGCCUUCCGUCUCCAACUUCUUUUCGACACCUGCGACUAAGAAGACAGCAUUGCAUCCUACCCCAAAGAUAGAACAGAAUUCGACGUCCAAUUUUCAGCAGAAAGUGCAAAAUGGAACAACUGGGAAGCGGCAAGAAGAUGGGAGUGCGAGUGGAUCCUUGACUUUUCAGCGGAAGAGAUCAUUUGACGAUGCCGAGACAGAGUUACAGAGGGAAAAUGAUACUGUCGAUCCACCGGCGAAGAAGAUUAAGACCAACGCCUUUCAAAAGGUCGCUCCGUUAGCAGAACGAAUGCGUCCGAGAAGUCUAGACGAAGUGUGUGGACAAGAGUUAGUUGGGCCACACGGAGUUUUACGCAGUCUCAUUGAACAAGAUCGUGUCCCAUCAAUGAUACUGUGGGGUGGCGCUGGCACAGGUAAAACUACAAUUGCACGGUGUGUGGCUGCAAUGGUAGGAAGUCGGUUUGUCGAGAUCAAUAGUACAUCUACUGGGGUGGGCGAUGUGAAGAAAAUAUUUGCUGAGGCAAGAGGGGAACUGGGACUUACUGGGAGGAAGACAAUAAUAUUUUGCGAUGAGAUCCAUCGAUUUUCGAAGAGUCAACAGGAUGUAUUUCUUGGGCCUGUGGAAAGUGGGCAGGUCACUCUGAUAGGAGCUACUACCGAGAAUCCGUCUUUUAAAGUCCAGAAUGCUCUGCUGUCCAGAUGUCGGACAUUUACAUUAUCGAAGUUGACGGAUGAAGACAUAUUAGAGAUACUAGAAAGGGCUUUGAAGACCGAGGGGCCAAAUUAUACUCCUACAGAUCUUGUGGAUACAGAGCUCUUGAAGUAUCUAUCUGCCUUUUCUGACGGUGAUGCUCGGACGGCCCUGAAUCUCCUAGAGCUAGCCAUGGGCUUGUCUACAAGGCCCAAUGUCACUAAGGAGGACAUCAAAGCUUCUCUUACUAAAACGCUGGUGUAUGAUAGAGCUGGCGAUCAACACUACGAUACUAUCUCUGCUUUCCACAAGUCGGUAAGAGGUGGUGACGCAGAUGCUGCUCUAUACUACCUUGCAAGGAUGCUUCAAUCCGGGGAAGACCCUCUUUAUAUAGCUAGGCGGAUGGUGGUUAUGGCCUCAGAAGAUAUAGGACUGGCCGACAACACCAUGCUAACACUCGCAACCAGCACAUACACCGCGUGCGAGAAAAUCGGUAUGCCUGAAUGUCGAAUCACAAUGGCUCAUGCUACUGUGGCUCUUUGUCUAGCGCCCAAGAGUACCAGAGCAUAUAGAGGAUUGAACAACGCAUAUUCUGCCCUGAGGGAACCUGGAGUAGCCAGUUUGAGCAUCCCCAUUCAUUUGAGAAAUGCACCUACGAAAUUGAUGAAAGAGUUGGGGUAUGGAGAUCAGUACAAAUACAAUCCUAAUUACAAGGAGGGCAGAGUAGUUCAAGAAUACUUACCCGAUGAAUUGAGAGGUAGGAAGUUUUUAGAGGAUAGGGAUUUGGGGACAGAAAUUGAUCCGGGUGCUUGGCCUUGA